UAUAAUUACAUAACUUCUUAUACCUAUAAAUACAUAAGUACACAUAUAACUCUUUCCCUCACAUCUUGAGUUUUAUGUGCUUUUUCUGUCCAUCCUAUACUUUUUAUCUCCCUGGUUUUUUAGAUUUUGUAAUGGCAUCAUCGUCGGCGUCUUCAUCUGAGAAGAAGAUGAUCCUUUUGAUUAGCAAGGAAGGGGAGACGUUCGAAAUCGAGGAGGCCGCAGCUCUCCUUUCGGGGACUGUGCAGCACAUGAUCGAAGACGAUUGCACCACAGGUGGAAUCCCGCUGUCGAACGUCGAUUCGGUGACUCUGGCGAAGGUGAUCGAGUUCUGCAAAAGCCAUGCCGCCAGCGACGACGUCGAGACAUUGAAGAAAUUCAACUCCGACUACGUGAACACGGUGAAAGAUGAUCAGGAACUGCUGUUUGAUUUGGUGUUGGCUGCAAAUUACUUGGAUAUGAAGAAACUUUUGGAUCUGAUGUGCCAAACCAUAGCAGAUAUGAUUAGAGAAAAGAGUCCAGAAGAAAUACGAAAGAUGUUCCACAUCACCUCAGAAGAGGAAGAAGCUCUGAGAAAAGAGUAUGCAUGAGCGUUUGAAUAAAUUAUUCUACUUUCUUUUUACUACUUGCUAGUUUUUUUACUGUUCAGUUUAACAUUAUUUAAAUUUUUUGAGAAUAUUCUAACAUUAUUUAUUAAUAUAAGAUUAUUUUUUUUUCG